AUGCUGGCUCAGCGUUUUAUUGAUCAGACAGCGUUAAGUAUGAUGGAACGCCAAGAUGGCGGUGUUCACUUGGCUGACAAUUCAAUACUAAAUGGUGGUCUUGAAGGGGUUUUGUCUUUCCUAGCGAACUCCGGCGACAGUAAUCCGUUGGCAUUGUUGUCGGCGGCGGCAGCGGCCUCCGAGCAAAGUUCAUGUGCUGUAACGCCGAGUAUGAACAACGUGAAAGAUGAACCACGAGAGGCGCCAAUGGAGAUUGAUGCCGUUGCACAAGCGGCACAGAUUCAUUCCCAGCUCAACGGGCGGCUUGAGGCUCAUGAUCCGGACGCAACACCUCCUGCAGAAGACGAAUCUCGUCUUGUCGUCGAUGAGCCGCAGCAGUCACCGCAAGCACAACCAGCACCGGUAGCAUCGAGUUGCUGA